CACCGGUGAAAAAGAAUAUUUGAUAAACGAACUGACUAUGUUUUGAGUGAGAUCAUUGACCGCCAUGCCUGCAUGCCUGAGCGCCUGAGCUCAUCAUGUUGCAAGGCACCACAAGCGGAUGUCGAGAGGCAGUUCAUGUCGAGUGCUGGAUGAAGCGACGAAUUCAGAUCUCCAUCGACCCUUCGUUGGGUGUGGCCGGCCAGCCUUGGAGAGCUCAAGAGGUGGCCGCUCGCCAGGUGGUGCAGGUGUUCCACCGCGACGUGCCGGUGGUGGAGCUGGGAUCCGGCUGUGGUGGCUUGGCCUCGUUCCUGGCCUUGGAGGGCUAUCGAGUGGUGGCCACGGAUCUGCCAGACUGUUCCCGCCUGGUCUCCGAGACGGCUCGUUGCAACGAGGUCCGGGUGCCGUUUGAGGUGCUGCCCUGGGGGGAUUGGACCGCCAUGGAGGCCGUCCUGGCUACGCUGCGGACGACGUGCGUGAAUCUGGUGGCUUGUGAGUUGGCUUAUUGGGGUGGUUGGUCUCUCUUGGAGGAGGAUCCCUUAGACGCCUUGGUGGAGACCUUGACCUUCUUCCUCACGCGCGGGUCACGCGAUGGAGAAGGCGGUGGCCUUGGCUUGUUGGUCUAUGAGGCUCGGAACUUGCCCCGCGAGGCGAAACUUUUUCAGCUGCUGGAGACGCAUGGCUUGGAGUGGAAGCGCUUGGAGCCCGAUGAGGAUCCCAAUGAGGGUGAAGUGGGAGCCUGGCUGGUGCAAGCAAAA